AUGGGGAAAACCAGUUUUACCAAAAUGCUGCCUUCGGAGAGCUCUGCUACGCAGACUUGCUUCAAAAGUCUGAAUUUCACUGUUGAAGGACUGCUGGCAUUGCUCUUCUUACAUUGCCUACAGCAGCCGCUGCUGAACUCCAGCCGUCUGCAGACUGCAAAGUGAGUCUCAGUUUGCUUGGGUCGGAGAAUAGGGAGUGGGGGAGAGGAGAGCAGAGCAGCUCACUCUAUCAAGAUUUAACUCUUUCGGCAACUCAGUGGGUUCGCCAGCUCAGAGAGUCUGAGGAGCUGAUGCUGUUCUCAAAAGUUUCAGGGGGAAAGUCUCCACUUUCCAGACAAACAGCAGCAACUCUCAUUCUUUUUUAAUUUCAUAGCUGUUAAAAGGGACAGCAGGCCUGUUAAGAAAAACCAUCAAGGAAAAGAUAGGCGACUUUUUAAAAAGCUAGGGGGUGUUGUUCUGAUUUGCUGCAGCCCAAUGUAUUUUGCUAGAAAACAUUUUAAUCUUGACUUUUCAAGUGGUUUCUAUUCCAGUGUUUCUCAGACAGGGUGGGAAUGUGGCACACCAAAUAAUUUCUGCAAAAUCCACUCAAUCCCCCCCCCCCCGUCAUCAAAGAGUUCUUAAAAUGUAUAGAAGCAAACAUAAUCAUGAUUAUAUUUUAUAAAAUUAGCUAAUACCUCUUUUUUGGUCCAAUAAUCAACAGUGUCAGUGAAACCUAUCUCCCCAUCUUUCUAAGCACACCUUUUUAUCAAGUGUGUCCAGCAUCCCAGGCUGCCUCUAAAGUAGACAAAGUUCAGACAAGGCUGGUUUUAUAUUGCAUUUUGCAGGACUGCUAUGUCUGGGUUUCGUUGCUGAGUCCCUCUAGGUCUAUAAGCCUUCAAAGGCUACACGUAGCAUGGUUGUUCAAUGACUUCCUGAGCAUUUGGACCCUUUGAUCAUGUCAGAUGCAUCCAACAAAGACUCUUACCUGUAAAUAUGCUGCUGUCAGCCUAAUGGAGUAAAAGCUGACACCAUAAAGUUCACAGGCUCCAUACAGCCUAAAUUAGGUGACAAAAGAAGCAAAUUCCGCAGGGCUCAAGAGAGUGGAUGCUAGCCUGAAGUACACUUACUCAUGAGUAAGGAUGCUAAAGAUCACCACACACAGUUCUACAACUUGACUUACCUCUGUGACAGUUUUGUUCAGCAAAUCCAUUAGCACAUUUUAAAAAGACAAAUAAAGGUCAUGCUGUCUGCAACAAGUUUUAGAUAAUUCAUACCCCAUUCUGACUGACAGUGUUUUUGCGUGCGUGAGUGUGAUUGCACGACUUCCUAUGGGGCUAAUUUUAUGCAACCUAUUUUUGUCAUAAAAACCUAUAUAUUCAUGUGUAAAAGCCACAUAACCUCAGAACCAUUUGAUGUCUAAAAGGAAAUGGAAACUUGCACCACAGCCUGCAAUCAUUCACAUGCCUUGCACGUGUAAUCAUAGAAUUGUUGAGUUGGAAGGGACCAUGUGGGUCAUCUAGUCUAACCCCCUGCAAUGCAGGAAUCAUUUUACCCAAUGUGAAGCUUGAACCCAGAGCCUGAGAAUAAGAGUCUCAUGCUCUACCAGCUGAGUUGUCCCACAAGUUUAUAACAAAGGCAUCCUCGGAUUUAGAUCAUCUACAAGGUUGCGGCAAGAGAACUAAAUGCAAGAAAUUGUUUCAGCCGUUAACUGUUUUAUAAAGUGCAUUUAUAGGAAUUAUUCUACAUGUAACUGGUCUCUUUACUGUGGUCUUUGCCGCGCCUAUAGCCUGAUUCUUCUUGUACACUGUAAACAAGUUACAUGUUAUUGCUAACAGCACAUGCACCAGACAAGUACAGUACGAGCAAAAAUUAAGCCGGAAUUGCCUAACUUAGGGCAGGUGUGGGUUCACCCUGUGGAAAAAAUGAAAUAACCCAACAGUAGUAUAUGCUCCAGUCCAUUUUUAAUGAUUAUUUCAAUGAUAAUUUAUAUUUAACCUGAUGCAAUCCCAUGAGAUAUAGAACACACCAUAAACCAAAGCACAACAUGAAUUCUAAAAACGCAUGAAAAACUUGCUUUGAAUAGGACCAGUUUGCCUUUUGUAAUCUGGACCUGGAGAUGCAGUUUCCGUGCUUCCUUUGUGCUGCAUUGUUUCUUUUAAUGCACACAGAAGAUCUGCCUGCGUGUCCUUAGCUUUAUAUCAACACAACUCUUCAAUAGUGGAACGAGACAUGUAUUACAAACUUUACAGCUUUAAAAACUGAAAUCAAAUGGCCCCAUCAUUUCUUUUUCAUUUCUCUCCCCCCCCCUUUUUUUGCUAAAUGGGAGGUGGAGUUGUCAAUAAAAGUUUGGAUUCCUGCCUGGGAUGGAAAUCAGAUGCAGGCACAAGGCAGCCACCCUGCUCCUUGCCAACAGAAUGUCUGCGCAGAGCAGAUGGGACAUAUGGCCUUCAGGACACAAUGCCAGCAAGCAGCACGGAGCGAGAUAAUAGAGGCUGAACAAAACCGGCUCAGAAAGCAACUGCCACAUACACGGCUCCAGCUGCUGCUCUGGGGAAAGUCUCAGCACCCUCUUUUACGCUGUGUCUUUUCACUGUUUUUAAAAACAUCAUUCCGAAUUGCAAACUAAAGUGGGGUUUUGGUUUCCUUUUCUAGCAGAGAGCACCGAGCAGAGAGCACCAACAAAAGUGUUUUUAUUAACACAGAUCUGUAUUGCUUUGGACUGCCUUUUCUUUUUCUUCUAGAUUCAAAAAUAAAGGAGGCAUCACCUACGGCGAUCUUCUGCACAAACCCCACAGCAAUGAAUGGAGGUUACAUCAUGAGCCGCUCAUUAUUUGA